AUGGAUAAGUCGAAGGUGCAAGCAAUCGCGGACUGGCGAACUCCAACGAAGGUGCUAGAGUUGAGAUCCUUCCUUGGUUUCGUCAACUACUAUCGCCGCUUCGUAGCGGGAUAUUCAAAGAAGGCAACCCCACUGACGGAGUUGCUGAAGAAGGAGCAGCCUUGGAAAUGUCUCAACCAAGUGCUCUUCCAACUAUCAUAUCUGUUUAUUCUCUUGAAUGACCAGGUGACCUCUGGUACUGAUCCCGCUGUUAUUCGGGCUAAACUGAGAGACGCCCUUCCACGUGCACCUAAAAAGCAACUGUAUGAUUCCGUUCUACUUCAUACUUCAUUUGCAAGACUUCUUGGACGUCCUCAAAUCUUAUUGGAGAAGCUGGAAACACCUUCUAAUCAACUCCAGUUGUUUCAUGAGCUUGUUUCGCAGCUUAACAAGAAGCUUCAAGGUUUUGAGGCGACCAUGUCUGAGCUCUGGUUUGUGGAAGAAUAUGAUGUGCUGGCACUGGCAUUGAAUGGAAGAAUGAAGACAAGGAGAUUUCCUCUUAGUUGCACAGGAAAUUAAGCCUAUUGAAGGAGGUAACACGAAUUUCAUAUAUGUGAUGAUAUUGAGGUAUGAUGAUCUUCUAGAUAUACUGUUUGUUGAAGAACAUGGAUGAAACAACAUGCUGCCAAUGUAGAAGGGAAAACCAAGACCAGGUGAUGAGUGUAGAAUAUUCACUGGAGUUAUAGUGUAUCAAUAGUAACAAUUUGACUCAACUUUUGGCUAGUAGAAUCCCGAAUCAAUAAUUUGGCUGGUAGAUUUUGACUCUACUCAGGGCGACACAACAAA